AUGGAUGAGGGACCAAAAGGCCUCGGCAAGAAACCCCCGGCCCGAUGUCCCAUGUGUCUACGACCUGAGUAUCACACAAAUCACGACCUCAUCUGUGAGAACUGCCAUCAUGAUAAACUAGAAGCCCUAAGAAACUCGUGUGUGGAGACCGAGACUGCAAACAAGGAUUACCGAGACGACAUAAACCGGGUAUUUGACAUCAGUCAAAGCAUCAGAACCGCCACACCACCACAACUGGGCCUUUACUCCAAACAGUCGAUGUCAUCUAUCAAAGUGAUUUCAUUGCAAUUGCUCAAAAGAGACUUAAUUAACAAGUCAAUCAAGAUUAAUAACAUUAAUAAGUCCACCCUGUCUGUGCAACAAAAGGUCAUACAUCUCAACGAGCAAAUUGUCGAUAAAGAGCAAGAAACGAAGUUGCAAUUGCUGAGUUUCGUGGCUGCAAAUGACAAAAUGGUGCAAAGCUACCAGAACCAAAUCAGCAAGGUAAACCUAAUGAUCAUGGAGAUUCAAAGGGAAAAGAUUGUUCAGAUUGAAAAGCAGGCCAUACAAAUUGAAUACAAUCAUUUCAAUGUCUUGAAGGAGAUUGCAUUUGGAUCUAAACCAUCCACCACCUACAUCUCCAAAUUGAAGAGCCUGUCGGGUGUUCUACUAUUCAACCAGCCGGUCAUAAAUAUAAAUGAUUUUUUCCAACUUCACAACAAGCUCUUCCAGUUGAACGGCUUCUUUGAAAACCUAAUCCGACUACAGGUCCAUUUAGUGGAGAUAUUUGAUGGUGAGGUCUUGAAGUUGCCAUACAUUCAGGAACUCAAGUGCUAUUUACCAGAUACUGACUUCUAUGAUUUGGUGCAACAGAAGGAGAAUUUUAUGAUUAAUGGGGGUGAGCCAGAUCUGGAACCCGAUGGUAAGGAUGCGGUCCAGACUAUUGAUAUCAAUGACCUUCUGCCGGCAGAAUCUGAGAAGAUAGUCAAGUUGGGAAAUACCAUAAAACUCCCGCUUUCAUCGAAAACCAUCAACAACCAGUUACGAAGAGCUAGUAUGGCCAGAGCCCAAUCUCUCCUGGUACUGCCAGAAGCCCCUGCACCAGAGAAGGUAGAUUUCCAAUCCCCACCACUUUCCGAGAAAGCCAAGGAUAGAAGACCUCUGCUCAAAGCUCAUUUAUCUGGGAAAAAAGUAGUGAUUGUGCCCUACAAGAUACUCACCAAGCCUCUCACCAAGCUCACGUCCAAAGAAUACUUGAAGUUCUUGCUGAUUAUAGUAAAAAUCUUAGUGAACUUUAAAGUUGUUUUUGCAUUUACAAUUGACAUGAUUCCCAAGAACCAGGGAAUUUCACAUACACUUGCAAGUACCAUAAAUCAAAUUCGGAACGGCAUAUCUACAGACGAUAAAGAUCUAUCCUCUUAUAACUUUGAUAAGAUCAUUCAAAAGGUCAUCCUGCUAAACGAAUAUUUCGAGUACAAGUUGGCACUGCUACAACAUCGACAGACAACGCUGCCUAGUCAUCUAGAAUCAUUCACCACCCAUAGUACCAGCAACAGCAUCUUGCAAACCAAUGGACUUGGAAACAGCGUAGACAAUAAUUCCUCUGGUUCAAGUUCAAUUGCACAUUCUUCGGUAGCGUCAUUUGUGCAAAAUUCAGAAGAAUUGAGAGAAAUAAAGCAAUUGGCCAAUACCGGCUUCAAGAAUAACCAACUUGGGUUUAGGACCAUGUACAAAAAUCUAUUUAAGGAGUCUCGUGGCCAUACUUCUGUUCACAAGGAUGGAAAAGAGAUUUAUGGGACUUUCAGCGAAAGCAACACGUUAUCAUCCGAGGCAGCACCGGAGAUGCCUCACGUGACACAACGGGACCUUGACUCCGAGGCUGGCUUGAAGGAAAUAAUGCAAGAUGUGCACCAAUUGAUGGUGAGCGGGCUGAGCCGAAACCCUAAUCGGAGCAGUCCGAGGGACCAAACGCUGCCAUUGGGAGCUCAAACUCUCAAUAUGAUGGCCCAGUCCAAAGUAAAACUCGAUGAUUGGGACGUGGUAAGCAAAAUGUAUGAAUAGCAGGUAAAUACACCAUAAAUAGGAUAUACACUAUGGGAUGAGCAGCGUAUAAUUGGAACUGGAAUGC